CUCAAAAAAAAAAAAGAUUAGACUCAAGCUUCCUUUGAAGAAAAAUUGCAUGAUUUUACCGCAUAAGGUAACUUAAGCAGCUCAGCAGGUACAUGCAACAAUUGAUCAAUUUCCACUAAAUGUCAAUGCCACUACACCAACCUCAUAAUAUGUGCGGCAUCCCACCCAACAACAUUUUAAGCCUCCUACCCAAAAAAUUGCAGUGCUUCCACUCCCACCUAAUAAGAUGCAUCAAUCUGAACCAAUUAUAGUGAUGAUGCCCACACCAAGUUUUGUCCCAAAAGACAACAUUUCCCCGACUAUUGAUCAUUCACCGUCACAACCAUUAACAUUUGUUGCUUCACGACAUACUUCAAUUUCCGCUAAUCCACCACCUUCAAGCCCUGUUGCUAUUGGUAAUAAUACUUAAGGGUCAAGAUGCUCCAAUUUUAGUCAUGGGGUUGCGCUUGAUGGGAGAACAAUGAUAUGGCCGGAUGGUCGAGGGGUGGCCUCGAGGGCCCUCACCUCAGUCAUUACAUCACAAUAUGUUGAUUCGUAUCCUAGCUGGGGAGCAAUCCCAGAAUUAACUUUGGAACGCUGGUUCGACAAAUUUGGUGAGAAAGUUGUUUGGUUGCCUGAGCACAAUUUUCAGAUUAGGAAUAUCUUCAAUACAAAAGGAUCAAUGCGUUUUUCUUAUAUGUUGAUGCAAGCGAGAAAGAAGCGUAAGUGUCCAACUUGGAUCGGAGAAACUGUUUGGAAUGAUCUUGAGAAGAUAUGGAUAGAUCCGUCGUUUAAGGAGAUAUCAAAUCGAGCUAAGAAAAAUCGUGCUUCUUCUAAAGGAGGAGCUCUCCAUACUGGUGGAUCUAUAUCCAUUGCUGAACAUACUAUUCAGAUGGUACAGUUUCUAUAUCAAGGACAAAAUUAGUCUUAUAAAUACAUCCCCAAUUUCUAUCAAAUCACAAAAUUAGUCUAAAGCAUAACACACCAAUAAUUUUAAAGAUUUUAGAAGUAUGUUCUACCAAACUUGUUUUCCAGUAUUCAUCGCUCUAGUAAUUUUAACCAUGACCAUGAGUGCUGUGGUUUGUUUGGAUUAGCCAUGUUACUAGUUUUUCUGCCAAAAUUUAAAGGAGAUAGAUCAUUAAUAAUUUCACUAAUGUAAACAAUUAUUAAUGUAUUUAGUGGGUGACCUUAACAGAACCAAAAAAACAAAUUAAAGUGUAGAAAGAGAAAACAGGAGAUGAGAUUGGAUAUAUUAUAUAUACCUUGAAAUAAAAAGGUAGUGACACGUCCACUUAUUUAA